GUACAUGAUCUUUAGUAUUGGACUUAGACCUAUGGAAGGAGCUACUGAUGUGAAUGACAGUGGUAGCCGCUCCUCUAAAACAUUUAAACCAAAGAAGAACAUUCCAGAGGGUUCUCACCAGUAUGAGCUCUUAAAGCACGCAGAAGCCACACUUGGUAGUGGUAAUCUCCGGAUGGCGGUCAUGCUUCCUGAGGGGGAAGAUCUAAAUGAAUGGGUUGCAGUGAACACUGUGGAUUUCUUCAAUCAGAUUAAUAUGCUUUAUGGAACAAUCACAGAUUUCUGUACAGAGGAAAGUUGUCCGGUGAUGUCAGCUGGCCCAAAAUAUGAGUAUCACUGGGCAGAUGGAACAAACAUAAAGAAGCCUAUUAAGUGCUCUGCGCCAAAGUAUAUUGAUUACCUGAUGACUUGGGUUCAGGACCAGUUGGAUGAUGAGACAUUAUUUCCAUCAAAAAUUGGAAUUCAACCUUAUUGAUAGAAGAGAACUUGCACCACUCCAAGAACUGAUUGAAAAACUCACCUCAAAGGACAGAUAAAAGGACGCAGAGCUGUGCAAAUUGUUCCUCAAAUGAAGUGUGUGGAGUUUAUUUGGAUUUGGUUGUGUUUUAUUUUUAUCUCGGUCAUUUUUGUCAUAGGUUUAGGGGGCUUGUUUGGGUUUCUUUUUCUUUAUUCUGAGUAAGUGAAACCAUAUUCAAUUGCUAGAGGAAGCCAAGAACCAUUCUCUGUAAAUUUGAUAGGGGUAAGUUUUGUCUUAGUGGCAUAUGGUGUUUUUUUUUUGUUUGUUUGUUUUACUUGGUUUGCUUACUUGCAGAAUUUUUGAUAAUACUGUGUGCUGAAAGAAAACGCUUGCUGAUUGGACUGAUGACAGUUGGGGGUUCUGUGUUGUGUAAAUUGUGGCCAAUUUCUGAAGUCCCCAAAAGACUUAUGUUUUUAAGUGCCUUGGUAGGCUCACUUCUGAGGUGCAAAGCACAGACAUAGAACUGAACAGGGCUUGAACAAUAUUAGGAUUACUACCCAGGGCACUUACUGAUGCAUGUUUUAAAAUGUCUAUGAUAAAAGCCAUAGUUUACCAAAAUUGGUGAUCUCCAGCUUUUACUACAUUAAAGAAACACAAUUUGUAAAGGUGUGCAUGUAGAACGUACAAAACUAGUAUUUAUUAAUUAUUUUUGAUAUUGAUGGUAAUUCUGUUCAACAAAUGUUUAAAGUUCUACAAGCAGGUCUUUCUUCCAUCUCUUGAUAUCUGUGAUAUUGAAACUAAAGGAUGUUGAAGUGUAAUACCUAUUGCAUUUUAGCUUCUUUCUACAUGUUAACUGCACUCUAGGUGUAAAAAUUCAGGUUUUAUAUAGGUUUGCCAUCUUCAGAGGUGAUGCUGAACUGUGAGGUUUCUUAGCAAUUGCCAAAUGAGCCAUAAGUCUAGAGAAUUCCCUUCUACUUUGAAGAGGAGGGGAUGGAUAAGAGUGUGUGUUUGGUUGGGAGGGUUUGUUUGUAUGGGGAGCUAUAGAUGGAAUUGUAUGAUGAGUCAAGUUCAGAAAGUCUUGUCUUAAAAUCCUUGAGUAGAGUGGCAUGAAGUUUUUAACCAAUUUCUUGUAAACAAAGUCUUAGAGACUUCCUUUUAGGAAUCAACUUCCAUGAGAAGUUAAACAUAAAUUAUUAAUUUUAGGUGUAGACAUUAAACAUGGAAUUUAAGGACUGUUUGGGGGAAAUUGAUCACUCUCCAGCAUUUCCAUUCAGUGAAUGGAGCUGGUGUUUGCCUGUCAUUUUAAAAUGAUACAGUACCCUUCUCUGCUUAUGAUAGGCCCAAUUUGAAGCAUUCUGACUUCUGAUUUUUCUACUGUGAAAGGAAAUCUUUUUCUUUGCAGUGAUAUCAAACAAUGUAAGUGCUAAUUUAGUAGUUAUCAACUUUUACAUUUUAUUUGUCAUGGCUUUCUAGUGAAUUAUUCCCAUAAGUAAAAAGUUCAGAAAGUUAAUUUUUAAAAUAAUUUUAACAUUUUUCACUUCAAUUUUAGUCUUGAGAAGUAUCUUUUUCAGACUUCCUUUUGAUUUUGUCAUUUCUGGUAAGAUCUGUUUCCUUCAGUUACAAAUAUAUAUUCUUCCUUUAGUGUGAAAUAUAUACCUUUUUCCUUGUGGAAUAGAAAUCUUGCUUUGAAAUUAUAUAGACUAAAAAUGGUCAGUAGGCGAGAAUCUAAAAUUAAAUAAAUCAGUCUGUCUUUGCCAUUAACAGGGAGAGCAGUGAUAUAAUGUAAUGCCAUUAUAGUUAUGAUGACUAGGAACUGCCUUUUUCUCCAUUUCAUUUCUAACAAUCAUUCUCCAAGUACCAACAGUAGAAGUAAUGGGAGAGCCUGGCAAGUAUGUUGGACGUUCAUUGGUAAUGGUUAUUGAUAAACUGCAGUGAGAAGUAACUGAUGUCCUUAAAACAAAUAUUUUAUUACCUAAGUAAGUAAUAUCAAUCCCUGUAGGUUGAUUCAGAAAUAAAAUUUGGCAUCAAGUGACAUGGGGUCCUAUUUAUUGAUGAAAAUGAAGCAUGAUUAUUCCAGUAGUCUUCCAUACUGCGUUGGACUUUGUAUCAUCCUAGUAACAAAGGGGUUGCAAAUAGCCAAGUGUAGAAAAUACUGAAAAAUCGUUCUUGCUCUUUUAAGCCUUACACAGUAGUACACUGUAAAAAUGGAAGGAUGUUUCUAUAAAAUAAUGUUUAGUACUAGGCCCUACUUUCCUACUGUGUGUAGAUAGGAGUUUGUUGUCACUGUGUCAGAAUCUCAGGUGCCUGCUUCUGAGUAUUCCUUUAAACAGAGGUAUUAUUAGGAAGUAGGGAGAUAAUGUACGCAUGGAUAUGGUAACAAAGUAGAGAAGUUCUCCCAGGGAAAGGCCUGGCAUUGUACAUGGGGUUACAUGGCUACCGGUAAGGAAACACCCACCAGAGCAUGUGAGAAAUAACCAGUUUAACAAAACUUGCUUUGAUUUGAUUCAUUUCCAUGAGCGUUCAUAAGAUGCCCUUUAUAAAAUAAGGAUCAAAUCCUGGUUUUGUAGCACUUUGCUUACGAAUGUGUAUUGGAUUCUUCCCAGAUCUCUUAAUUUAGUUUAUAAAUAACCAAGAUAAUGAUUUCCCCCCUGCUCUUUAUACAGAGAUUUAAAGCAGAAGUUGGUUUUCUCAUCCACUAAUUAAAGCAUAAAAUAUCAAGUAAUAAGUUAACAUAGUAUUAGUAUCACAAUGCUUUGGUUAAGUGUUGAAAUGAAGCAAGUUUUAGGAGUUAUUUUAAAUGAUGGAAAAUUAAUAAUCCAAGAGUGAAAAUCUUUCGGUAAGCAGUAGAUGGUGCUACUGGCUCUCAUUUGCUGACUUGAUUGUUCUGUUUCCCAUAAAAACCAUGCCAUUAGACUUCAUUAAAAGAGUAAGCAUGUGUUAGUUGGCUGGUAGAGGCUUUGGAGGUCAGUUUACUUUACAUCGAAAGAUUUUACAUUGCUCUUUCUACUUGUGUUAUUUGUAAAUGGUAAAGGGUGAGCAUAAAAUGUAUUGGCUGGGAGAAGACAGGUUUAGUGUAUAAUAUAUCUCAGAUUAAGUUACUGCCUGGCUUAUCAGGAAAGAUAAAACACUACAAUCUCUUAUCUUCAGGAAAUACAGAUGAUGUGGAUAUUUAUAUUUUACAUGUAAUCACCAGACUCCAUUUUAUGUAUUAGCAUUUUCCUUGCUUAUGGGAAAAUAGCAAAAUGACAUUUCUUUUAUACCUUUGUGUACACCCUCUCUGAGAGAGGUUUUGAUAACCACUGAAAUGGUGAAAUGUGAGAUACAAUUAUUAAGUUAGUUGUAGGACUUUCUUUUCAAAUAAGUAUGUCAUACCUUAAACAUCCAAAUGAGAGUUGAUCUUCAGAGUGGUUCCUGUGGGAGCAUUAUUCUUUCUAGCUAUGCUUUGAGGGUGUAAUGUUUUUUGGAGCAUUUUCAGAGAUGCCUUGAGAAUUGGUUUAUGACUAUGCAAGAAAAUCUAUUUCAUCAUUUUAGUUGCACCGAAGACUUUUUUGGCAGCUUAGUAAGACCUAGCUCAUUCACCAAACUUAACUCUACUUUGCUGUUUUCUUAGAACUAAACCAUUAGGGAAGUUCAAAAGACUGCCAUAGGCUCUGAAUUUGCAGAAGAGAGUGUUUUGAGCAUUGGUAGCACCAUUUAAUAAAGGAAUAGUUUCCUGAUGUCUCUACUUUGAAGUACACAGUGUCAUUUGGAUGUAUAGGUUUUAUUUAAUUUUUACAAAUUUAGUUUAAUUACCUUAUUGUUAAAUAUAAUAAUUAAAAAAUCAAGGUCUGUCUCUUGUUUUCUACUUUUGUUCCUUUCCCUGAUAGCUUCUGAGUUUUAUCUCAACUACUAUAAGAUAAUUUUGAUUGAAGGGACAGUAUGAAAAAAUGGAUCCAAUAUUUAAUAUAGAAGUAGCUUAAGAUAACAAUAGCCUUUACCUUUGUCCUUUUUUUUAAACAUUAUUUUCACUCAAAUGAAAAGACUGCAGAUCAUUGUACAAAGAAAUUGGAAUAAAUUUUAUAUAAUAAUUAUGCUGAAUGUUAAACCUGUGUAUCACAGAUAAAAUAUUUAAAAUUGUAAAAUCAUUUCAUAUAUCAUUUAUAACUUUAAAAUUUUUGAAUGUCUUUUUAAAAGAUAUGGGACCAUAAGUAUAUUUGUAACUUGAAAAUGUGACUGCAUACCAAGGGGAAAAGUUAUUUUGAAACUUUUCUGAAAUAUUAAAGAAUAUACCAAUUUUUAGACAUGCUAUUCUAGAUCCACUCCUAAAAUAAUUUAAAUAGUAGAGUUUUGUCAUAAUGUUAAGAUUCACCCAUAGCAAUUACUGUUUUUCAGUUUAAUGGUGUAUAUUACUAGAGGUAAAGAUAUCUUAAGAUUUAUUGGAAAAAUUUAAUUUUAAGGUAUAGUAACAGUUCUGACUACAAACAAUUUAAACUUUUAAGAUGUUCCUAACAAGUUAAUCAUAGAGAAUAAUUUAUUGUAAAGGUAUAAUACUAUGUUCCAUGUCUGCCACUUAUAGCUGAACAAAACCUAAAUUUUGACAAAAGACAGGAAAUGCAUAUUAAAAUAUUGAAUAAUCUCAGUUUUGCAAGUAUGAUGCCAGUUCCUUUUCUGUGUGUAAUGCUAUACAAUAGAGCAUUUUGGGUUACAGUUCUCAAAGAUAGAUAAUGAAAGCACUGGCCUGUUUUUAGCUCUGUUGGCUUGUCAUCUCCUUCUCCUUAAAUUACUUCCUUACGCUGUUGACUUCCCACCUCUCAGCCUCCAUUGCACUAGGAGAACAAAACAGAUGGGUUGAUUGUGCAGGUCCUUGUUGUUAGUGGUUCUGAAGCACUUUCUGUAAUCCACUGACAGAAGUGUUGGCAGGUGCAACUUACAUAAGCAUUUUUGGUUUGUUCUGGUUGACAGCUUUCUUGAAGUUAUGUCACUGAAGCUGAGAUUAUUAGUAAUUUAAAAUUUUUGUUAAUAUUUAAUUUUUCUUCUGUGUAUUAAAUUUUUAUAUGUUGGUGUUUCUUACAGGUUUGUACAUAUUUUCAUUUUCAUUUUCUGAGAUAAUAGAUUAGUGCAUUUCCAUAUUAAGAACACAUUUCUCCUUAAAUUGUUCUGCAGAAAUAACUAUUUUUAGGGGAAAUAGUUUUUUACAGUCACUAAAUUGUAUGU